AUGUCAGAACAACUCUUAGAAGAAUUUAAUGCCAAACUGGUGAAUGAGUCAGUAAAAAAACUCAAUAACGAUGCGUUUGUGAGGCUCCAGAAGUUGAAGAAUAUCCCCUUUAAAGAACUUCCUCGUGAUACGAGAUAUUCUCAGCAGUCGAAAGUUUUAAGUUCUGCCUUGGAGUAUAGUUUGUUAACCGAAGUCAGGAAAGAACAGUUUGAAUAUACUCGGUUUGUGUCAAGUUAUGAAGCAGUUUCAGAUAUAUAA